AUGCCUGUUCCAGUCGGACAACACCAAAACCCAGACCACCCAGUCCCACGCCUAGACCAAAUAUUACAUUCCACACCUACAAGUGCCCACCGGCGUACGCCGCCUGGUACUGUCUCAACGAUGCUACUUGCUUUACGGUGAAAAUUGGCGAUUCCUUGCUUUAUAAUUGCGAGUGCGCCGAUGGUUAUAUGGGGCCACGAUGCGAAUACAAAGAUUUAGACGGUUCCUACUUGCCAACAAGACCCCGCGUUAUGCUGGAAACGGCGAGCAUAGCGAGCGGAGCCAUCGGUUCACUGGUGCUCAUCAUGAUCGGUUGGUGUUGCUGGUGCGUUCGAAGACACCAGCGACAUAAAAGACUGGAGAAAGAAAACGGCGGCGUGGACACGGUGGAUUCGGCCGGUGUGCUUCGCGUGGUGCACAGCGAACAGCUACUGCGACCGUUCGGGGCGCACCACCUCAAGACAAUUCCGAUGAGCGAGGCGCUCGGUAAACGGUAAACGCGCGAAAAUGGCCCACAGUCGGCCGGUAGCCGACAUCAUCGCAUAGUUUCAUGGGCCUCCGGUGCCGCGCUCGUACUCGCUCUCCUGGUUAAGGCCCUACCGAGGGCCACCAAUUUUGAACUAGACUUACGGUACGGAACGGAAGCAGAACCAUCGGACGCGGGCGCAAUUAAUUUUACAGCAAAAGACAAAUCACGAAACCAUCAUGCAUCACCCCCGACUGUGGAGUGCACAAUGAAUGCGCACGGCAUGCAACGUAAUGCUGCAGUAGAAUCUUUUACCAAAAAUAACCUAAAAUUGGCGCCGAACGAACAU